AUGGACAUCCAUGAUGCACCUACGCAAGACGCCAAACUCAUUGACGACACGGAAACGGACACACCACAUGCUCCAUACCGCCCUCCAGAAGCUGUCAUCGAGCCGGAGGAGGAACAUCCGCCGGGGUAUGUUCCUGGCGUAGUCGAGGGAUAUAUGGAGGAUGAUGACUUCAUCAUGCCUGUCUCGCCCCUACGGAAUGUCCAUGACCUACCGGAUACGGCCGGUAUCAGUCAUUGGCAGUCCAGCGUGCGGGGAUAUCCGGACGAUCGGAUGGACUUGGACGAGGGGCCGUCGAGGAUGGAGAGACCGCAGAUUGGGCCGGGGGUCCUGCCUCGGCGAUGGCUUCAGCUGGUCCACGGACAUGAGCUCAUUCAACCCCACAUCACCGAACUACCCCAACCACCAGCCAAGAAACCUCAACCUCCACCCUCAGAGGACCCAACCACCCAAACCCCCACCGAUAUCCCUACCUCCCCACUCACCGCUACAAAACCCGCUAUAGAACCGUCAUUACCGGAUUACGAGCGUAUAUGUACGCAGGCGGACGUAUGGGAUGCAUGCCCAGGCGGAGAAGAGGGGUAUGGGGAUUGGUACUUUUGCGGUACCUGCUGGGGAUGGAUCAGGAUUGUGGCGAGGCACGGGGAUCUGCCGGAGGUGGACGAUAUGGAGCAGUGGGAGGCGAUCAUCCAGAGUGGGAUCUCGGAGGGACUGACAUAUCCCGGUAUCACCUCCGUCGACGAUAUACCGGCUGCGCGGUCCAAGCGCCACGCCGAGUACGCCCGGCUCAAAGAUCUCAAAAGCGCUAUACCUUUCGCCGACCCCACGGAACACCAUUUACAUGAAUUCCAGACCCUCCUCUACCCCACCCGCGAAAAACGGCUGGAUCGUAUCCCAAAUGACCACGUCGACGACAACGCCUUUCCUCAUCUCGAGAUGGCGUCUCUCAUCGAUCCGGCCUGGGAGUCCUUUGACGUACCCACCCAGCCAUCUCGGCUAUUUGUCAGCUGCUCGUCAGACUGGUGGAUUCAGGUCGAUGACCUGAUUCCAGGACAACUGCCAAAAGCGCUCGCGUUGGCCUUUUCGUCAGAAAAAUGUGCCAAUCCUGGUCCCGGCAUUGAGGGAAAACAGAGCGUAGCGGAUGCCUGGAACAUGCUCAUCUUGCUACUCAGUAACGCUCUCUUCAAGGGUCAGCGGGGCUGGAUCAAGCUGGACAAUCGUCGAUUCCAACAAUGUUUGGGCAUGUCGGAAGCCAUUUCUGUGAUGCUGUAUCAUGUCGGCUUUGGGUGUCGACAAGAGACCGAACAUCUCCGAGUCGGACCAUACUCGAAAGGAGAGCACAUCACCGCUUCGGAUGUUCAGCAGAUGGACCGGUACAUGAUGCGUGUCUGGCUAGAGAUGCAGGCGUUCCUCACUUCCUAUUGUCAUCGUCAAGGUAUGUACAGGAGUACUUGGUCGACCAAGCUGACUAGCAGGAACGUUCACGUCCGGCAUGAGCUGCUGCUGAACGGCUAUCCCGCGGCAGCCCGGGAAUCUUGCCAUCUCCUCGGAGUCUCUUACCAAGAUGUCUCCGGGACUGUCGACAAGGCGUACGACCUCCAGAUAUCGUGCGACUCGCGGAAUACCUCCAAGUACCUCGGUGCACUUCAGAUCAUCUCGGAUCAGCAGGUCACCGGGAAGGAGAGUCUUCAGAUGAAGCUGGUAGUGGAGCGCUCGUUGGGCAAAUACACUUCGGAUGAUGUCGCCGCCGCCUACAAUGCUAUUGGCUACAACAACGAGUACGCCGAACUGAUAUCUGUAUCCGCGGAGGAAGCACCCGACUCGCACAUCUACGACCUGCACAAGGCGGCGACUCAGAAGGCGUACAGUCUGGCCGAUCGAGGUGUCCUCAGUCGGGCGCUGGCGUUGAUUGGGCAGGCUAGGGGGUCUGACGAGAUGCGGCUGAUGGGCGAAAGGGGGCAGACGGUCAUGUCGGUGGAUGAUGCGUAUAAUGCGCUUGGCGCACCAAGGGACGCUGUCGAUGAUGGACUGAUCAUGCAAUAUGAGAUGGCUGUCGGCGACUUCCCUGGCAAGAAAGACCACUACCGAACAUGUCUCUCCAUAAUUGCGUCAGCUCAGGGCGAAGAACGGCCGGGUAUCAAGACCUUUUUGGAGACAGGUGCAAUGGUGGUAGCUCCGCCGCCAAGGCAGGAUAUACCGGUUGGCCUGCAAAAUAUCGGUUAUCUCAACUCCAUUCUGCAGUACCUAUACUCGAUCACGCCCCUCCGCGAUGCCGUGAUGAACUUUGAGCAGGAUCCUCUGGACUUCAUGCCUCGCAAGGCCGAAGCGGAAAGAUCCCGGCGAUUCGUGCGCCAGCUUCGCCUCCUCUUCCUUCAGCUAUACAAGUCGGAGCAAUCAGCCGUUCGGCCAGAUGAAGAGCUCGCCUACCUCGCCAUCACUCGCCCAGAGGUAGACGCCAUAGUCGGCCCGACCACCACUGCGUCUGCCUUCCCUACUCUCGACUCCAUCCCCGACAUCCCUUCCCCCUCCUCCACCCGCGUGGCCACGCCAACCCCAUCUCGGCCUUACACGCCCGAUAUCGUUGACGUGCCAUGGAACCAGUCUAUGGACGACAGCGACCCAUUCGCAGAGCAUACUCGUACGAUACUCGGAAAGCGGCAAAGCCAGGACCGGGACUCCUUCUCGGACACUUCGCCCGCUGAGCGAGCGAGGCGCAAGUCAGAAGGUCCUGACCUAAUCUCCGUGGAUCACGAUGCAAUAUCAGAGGGAUACGAGAUGGUUCGCUCCAGCUCGCCGUCGACAGCUCCUGAUCUAGCGGAUCUCUCCCUCGUCCCCGUUGACGAAAGAAUUGGAGACCAGUCUACCGUAACUCCCUUCCCGCCACCACCACCUGCACCAACUGUCGACGAUCCUCCACCACCCGCAGAUGAGGACGUCGUCAUGUAUGAUGCCCCUUCCGUACCCCCUCCUCUACCUGCCCGACCAGGACGGCGCGACUCGACACUAGCCUCGGGCCUGCGAUUCGGGCUGCAGCAGGAUUCAGCUGAGGUGCUCAUCAAUGUGCUGAGUCAGCUGGAGCUUGCGUUCGACCCAGGAGCGGCUGAGGGCGAAGCGCCGGCGCAAAAUCUCAUAUCAGGACUCUUCUCGUGCAAGUACAAGCAGCAGAUGUUCUUCAAAUCGGCCGAGGGUAACUCCGAGGGUCAGGCGCCAGUCGAGUCGGUCUUUGUCCACCCUAUCAUCGGGGUAGAGGAGGAAGGCAAGGAUCUGUAUGACUGUCUGGGCGAGCUGUAUCUGAAGGGGAGCGAGAUCGAGUACGAGGGGAAGAAGGGGUACAUCAUGGACUUGAUGGAUCAGUUCCCGCCCAUGCUGUAUAUCCAAAUGAGGCGCUCUCAAUACGACAUCGCCACCGGCCGGGAACGUAAAACCAACACCCACAUCCCCUUUGGGCAGACCCUCCAAAUGGACCGCUUCCUCGCCACUGCCAACCCCGAGAAACGUGACGCCUCCAUCCUCCUCACACGAACCAUGACCGACACUCGCUCUCGCCUACAUCAGCUGCGCGAUCGCAAGCCCCUCUCGAUGCCAUCUACAUUCAAGCACGUCCGUGAGGCUUUACAGCAGAUCCAGGAUAUGCCUGAGUUGGAUAUGGCCCCGGACUUCUUCACGGCGCUGGAGAAUGAGGAGAAGAGGGUCUCGGAGGAAAUUGAGAGGUUGCAGGUGGGGCUGCGCGAGACGAAGGCGAAGUUGGACGAGGUGUGGAAGGAGGAGAGGGAGAUGGAGUACGAGCUGGUUGCGGUGUUCAUGCACCGGGGCAAGACUAGCGGAGCUGGGCAUUACUGGACCUACCAAGCACAUCUACCUGAUCACCCCGAGAAAUUCUUCAAGUACAACGAUGAGACGGUCACCGAAGUACCAUCAUCCGAGGUGCUGCAAGAUCGAACAGGUGACGACGCCAAUCCCGCAUUGCUCUGCUACGUCCGUAAAGGGCAAAGCCUGGUCGAUACUUUGCAUCGCCAGGUUCUUGAUCGGCCAAAGGAGCUUGAGGAUGAGGGACCCGUCGUGGAUGAUGCAGCGGCGGAGACGAGCGUGACUUUGAUUUAG